GUAUGUUUAAAUUAUUAAUAAUUACGAGUAUAUUCCAAAAUUUUGAACUGAAAAAAUGAAGGGGAAGUCAGAUUUUGAACCGUCCUUGCACGGCUGCUCUCAUCACUCCCCUAAACUCAGGCUAAGUAACUUUGUUGCUGCCUUGCCUUCGGCGGUCGUGGCUAAAAUUCAAAGCAAGAAGACUACAAAUAUUUUCAAGAAAAUACCACUAAGUUUGAAUCAGACACAAAGAGACGAUGGUUCGAGCUGUCGAGGAAGAAAGGGAGACAACUUCCAUGAAGGCCAUCACAAAGGGAAUAAAUGAAAAUGGAGGAGGAAGUACAUCCACAGACAAACAACCAUCAGACAUGGAUCUGAUGAAGGAGAGAUUUGCGAAAUUACUACUUGGAGAAGAUAUGUCAGGGGGAGGAAAGGGCGUAUCGUCAGCAUUAGCGUUAUCAAAUGCAAUCACAAAUACAGCUGCUUCUGUCUUUGGUGAUAUAAAAAGAUUAGAGCCCAUGCCUCCCGAACGAAAAGCAAGGUGGAGAAAAGAGAUCGAUUGGCUUUUAUCUGUCACCGAUUACAUUGUUGAGCUUAUUCCUUCGAAACAAAAGUCUAAAGAUGGAUCAACCUUGGAGGUAAUGGUAACUAGGCAAAGAAACGACCUUCACAUGAACAUUCCAGCACUUCGCAAGCUAGAUGGGAUGCUUGUGGAUUGCUUAGAUAGCUUUAUGGAUCAAAAUGAAUUCUACUAUGUAUCAAAGGAUGAUCCAGACCAGAAAGGAAAAAACAGAAAGGAUGACAAAUGGUGGAUCCCCACUCCAAAAGUACCUCCUAAUGGCUUAUCAGAAGCUUCCAAGAAAUGGAUACAAUCUCAAAAGGACGCAGUAAACCAGGUCCACAAAGCAGCUAUGGCUAUAAACGCUCAAGUCCUUGGAGAAAUGGAGAUCCCUGAUACUUAUAUUGAAUCUCUUCCCAAGAACCGGAGAGCGAGCUUGGGGGAGUCGAUAUAUAGAUGCAUUACGGAUGAAUACUUUGACCCCGAUUAUUUUCUCUCAACAAUGGACUUGUCAUCAGAACAUAAAAUCCUAGACCUGAAGAAUAGAAUAGAGGCUUCUGUUGUGAUUUGGAAAAGAAAGAUGAAUGCCAAAAACGAGAAAUCAACAUGGAGCUCAGCUGUCAGUAUAGAGAAAAGAGAGUUGUUUGAAGAGAGGGCAGAGACUAUAUUGCUCAUUCUCAAGCAUCGCUUCCCUGGGAUUCCCCAGUCUUCCCUUGACAUUAGCAAAAUCCAAUAUAACAGAAAUGUGGGACAUGCGGUUUUAGAGAGCUAUUCACGCAUAAUUGAAAGCUUGGCGUUCACAGUCUUAUCACGAAUAGAAGAUGUUCUCCAUGCAGAUUAUGCGGCACAAAAUCCGACUGAGAGUGCCAACACCGCUCUAAAAGAAUCAUCAUCCCCAUCAUCAUCUAUGGUCAAAACUCCAACUCCUAAAGAAGGAGAGAAGCCCAAUGCUGUUGCGACUGAAACGACUACAUCAAUGACAUUAUUGGAUUUCAUGGGAUGGACAACGUUAGACCAAGCAACAGACCCUGAUUCGAAGAAAGAAAACAACAUGAAAUUUGGAAUGACAACUAAACCACCUGAGAUAGUGAAUACCAAGAAAAGUUCUUACCUUGAGAGAGCAUAGACGGUAUAUAUUGACCAAAUAUUCAUUGUUCUGUUCAAUGCAUGACGCUCUUUAAAAUUAGUGAUUGUGACUAACUAUAGAAAUAUAUUGGAGUUCAUUGA